ACCUCAUUCACUAGGAUGCUGGCCCUGUAGCGGGGAGCUUGUCCGUGUGUCCGCUGUGAGAGGAGAAACUCAAUGAAAUCUAAGAAGGUUUAAUUUGAGCGAAAUUAUCCCGCCGUUCAGUGUCAAUGCGCCGUUUCGGUUUCCAGCGUACAAGAACUACUUUUGGCGAAGGGAGCAUGGAAGCCGAGAACACUGCGGGCGGAGCUGAGGAGCUGCAGCUCGAACCCUCAGCACCAAAAGCGCGUGCUGGGUCAAUGCACAAACACUGCCAUGGGCUGGCUGAAUCCUUGGAAGUUGAACAAGAAGGGCUGGUGGAGCACCAGCCUCUGGAGCAGGAUGACCUCAACUUUGAGAGAUGGAAGCCCAAGCCAAAGCCCAAGAGGACGCUGCAUGAAAAGAUAGAUGAUCUGAAAACAUACUGGUGGAACCCUGAAACCAAGGAGUUUAUGGGGCGAUCAGGAAAGAGCUGGAGCCUCAUUCUAUUUUUCUACUCUGCGUUAUACAUUUUCCUGGCAGCCAUGUUUGCUGGCUGUAUGUGCUGUCUCAUGUGGUCCAUCAGUCCUUAUACCCCGACUUACAAUGACCGGGUGAUGCCUCCAGGUAUGACAAUGUCGCCACAUGUAGAUGUUGUCCAUGGAUUUGAAAUCCAUUUCAAUGCUUCGGAUCGCAGCUCAUGGAAGAAAUAUGCAAAAGCACUGGAGGCUCAACUUAAACCCUAUGAUGACACAGUUCAGAAAAGGCGUAACAUUGAAUGCAAACAGGGCACAUACUUCAUGCAGGACAACCUGGAGGAGAGUGCUGAGAGAAAAGCAUGCCAGUUUAAGAGGUCCUCACUGGGGCCAUGCUCAGGCAUGGAGCAAAAAGACUUUGGCUACGCUAAUGCAAAGCCCUGCAUCCUCCUCAAAAUGAACCGAAUUCUCGGCUAUCUACCAGGUCAAGGUACUCCAGUCAAUGUGACCUGUGCUGUUAAAAAAGGGACGCAGGACGAGCUGGGAGAUGUCGAAUUCUACCCCAAAAAUAUUUUUGACUUGAUGUACUAUCCUUAUUAUGGGAAGCUCAGGCAUGUAAACUACACUUCUCCUCUGGUGGCUGUUCGCUUUCCCAAUAUCCAGCUGGACGCUCAUCUACAUGUGCAAUGUAAGCUAAAUGGCAAGGGGAUAAUCAACGAUUCACCAACCGACCGCUUCCUCGGUAGUGUGUCUUUUAAUCUACAAGUUGGAGCGUAGUGUGGAAGUAGAAAUGCAGCGGGGCUAAACAAACUUCUCAGUGCACAUUACGGUUAAAAUAGUCAAAUGUACCGUCUUUACCCAUUUUCCUUCCACCGUGUCUUUCACAUGUGUUUAGUACAUACAUGCUUACAAACAAAAUGCCCCAGUAGGCUACUAAGAAGAGCAGUAUAUAAUAUUUAGAAUACUGUAGGAGCAUAGUUUUUUGUUUAUUUUCAUCAUACAUUAAUAUUUGCUUCUUUAUGUGGGGAAAAAAAAAUCACAAAUUAAGGUUUUGAGCCAAACUUGUUCAAAUGUAGAUAUACACUGUACAGUAAAGAGGGUCAGUAUUGGGUUUCGGGUGAGUUUACUAAAAUAUCUCUGUCUAAAGUCCAUCGUAUGUUUGCUUUCUUUUUGUACAAAUCAGGAGAUGUUUAGCUCUUAAGCCAUACAAGCGAUUAAUUGUUUAACCAUCAUGUUAAUGAAUAAAAAAAAAAACAAGAAGCAAAAAACAAAAUAGGUGGCUUAAUAUAUCAAGAUGUGGAAUUAUCGGUCAAUUGCAAAAUUCCAAUUAUUCUCACGUGACAUUAUGCACAUACACUGUAGACCAAGAAAGUCAAAAAAAAAAAUGAAAAAAUAAGUCAUUCAUACAAUUGGCAGCCAGUUUGAAUCCAUUUUAACAGCAAAAGGCUUCUUGUAGAUUAUUUAGCUUGAUUAUACUGUAUAUUCAAGACGAUUUUAUUCUCUUCAGUUAUGUGUUAAACAAUUAUUCAACCUUGAAUGGCUUCAAUUUGCAAAAAACAACAACAAAAAAAUUAAUGUCAUUAAAUCAUGUUAUAUUUUAACAGAUUUCUUUACACAUCAUAAACUAAACAGAUUUUGUCUAUUAGUAAAUAUGUAUUUUCCUAAAAUGUGGAAUGAAGUUUAUCAGCUUAUAUUAUACAAAAUUAUUUUCUUGUUGGAUUCACACUGAAACAUAAUGAAACCCCUUCACGGCAUUUCACAUGAUUCCAUAUCCAGAAUCACACACACACUGCAAACUCAUUUGGUGAAAGGUGAAAAAUCCUAUACUUGUUUGGUUCUCUGUGAGAAGGAUAUCAACAGUAUUAUUUAUUAAUUGUCUUUGCAUAAUUGACAUGGUACAAUUAGUUAUUAACUGUGAUGGCUAGAUGGAAGGUGUAAAUUCUUUGCUGGUGGUUCUUUGAGCGCAGUGAAAAACAGCACACGAGUGUUUCCACCUCAUGUCUUUAAAAAGCACUCCUAAUGUUCUAGGCAUAAAAAAAAUAAAAUAAAGAUGGACCAGAUUUAACCAAAA